AUGUCCCCUCGACCACCGAAAUCUGAACGUGUCUAUGCUCACCACACAGAUAUGGAUAAGAGUCGAUUUGAUCGAAGCGGAGGCAUGAUACGACCAGUAUCGGCUCAAGUUAUAAAACAAGAAUUUGAUAUUGAAUUUAAUUUUGAACAUUGCAUUACCCACAUUGACGAAUUAAUUGUAGAAUUCAAAAGACGAUUUGAAAAAGUUGAACUUGUGCGUCCUCAAAUAAAUUUAUUUAAUAAUCUUAUGUCAGUUAAAAUUGAAAAGCAAGAUCCUUCACUUCAAUUAGAAUUAUGUGAAUUACAAACAGAUCCAUUUUUAUUUGCAAAAGAGAUUGAUGUGUCAUUUUGGAAAAUAUUACCAGUUGACAAAUAUCCAAUUUUAAGAGAUUUCUCAUUAAAAAUGUUUUCUAUGUUUGGAACCACAUACAUAUGCGAAUGUACAUUUUCGAACUUGAAACAUAUUAAAUCGAAGGAAAGAAAUCGUUUAACAGAUGAAACCUUGGGACAUUUACUAAGAGUUUCAACUACAGAAAUAUAA